UUUAGGUUAAUACGGGUCGCUAAGAAGCGCUUGAGAGAGCGAGAGUUUAAUUAAUUAGUGUGGUUUGUUGUCCCUUAAUUCGUAUCAAGCGUAAGGUAUAAAAUAAAAGCGCGGAUAAUUUACGCGAAAUAUUUCGAUUAAAGUGUCAUCUCGUGCGCGUCGUUCGCUGUAAUCUUAAUCCGAGUUGCUUCCCAUCGCCCAAAAGUUAUACAUAUUGGAGCUGAAAUCCAAAAAGUUUUACUAUAACGCCAUGACCAAUUUCUGGAAGGCACUUACCCGUCGCAAGACGGACGACGUUAACGAGGGCGAGUCUAAGCUGGCAAGAGUCCUCAAUCUUUUCGACCUGACGGCCCUGGGAGUGGGCAGUACAUUGGGCCUCGGCGUCUACGUUCUGGCCGGUCAAGUGGCCUAUAAUAUAGCCGGUCCGGCUGUGACCAUUUCCUUCCUGAUUGCGGCCGUGGCAUCCGCUUUCGCUGGCAUCUGCUAUGCAGAGUUCGCUGCCCGUGUCCCCAAGGCGGGAAGCGCUUACGUGUAUAGCUACGUGACCAUUGGGGAGUUUGUGGCCUUCACCAUCGGAUGGAACCUUAUCCUGGAGUACGUGAUUGGUACGGCCUCUGUGGCGCGCGGAUUGAGCGGUUACUUCGACUCUCUGAUCAACAACGAUAUGUCGAAGGCUCUGAAUGAGUCGCUGCACAUUGAUGUUGACUUUCUGGGUGACUAUCCGGACUUUUUAUCCUUCGGCAUGGUGCUGCUGCUGGCGGGCAUAUUGGCCUUCGGUGCCAAGGAGUCCAGCUUUUUGAACAACAUCUUUACUACAGUUAACCUGGUGACAAUCGUCAUUGUCCUAGUAGCUGGAGCCAUGAACGCCAACGUCGACAACUGGCGCAUUCCGGCGAAGGAUGUGCCAGAGGGUUUCGGAACCGGCGGUUUUAUGCCCUUCGGAAUUGCCGGAGUCAUGGCUGGUGCCGCAAAGUGCUUCUACGGUUUUGUUGGCUUCGACUGCAUCGCGACCACGGGCGAGGAGGCCAUCAAUCCCAAGAGAAAUAUCCCGCUCUCGAUCGUUGUAUCGCUGAUUAUUAUCUUCCUGUCUUACUUCGGCGUAUCCACGGUGCUGACCAUGAUGCUGCCCUACUACCGGCAGGAUAAGGACGCCCCCUUUCCACACGCCUUCGACGCCGUGGAGUGGUACACCAUCAAGUGGAUAGUAACAAUCGGAGCAGUAUUCGCGCUCUGCACCAGUCUGUUGGGCGCCAUGUUCCCACUGCCCCGCAUCCUUUACGCCAUGGGAAAUGACGGUAUCCUCUUCAAAAAGCUGUCAAAGGUGCACAACUACACAAAAACUCCGCUCCUGGCCACCGUAGUAUCCGGUAUAUUUGCCUCUAUUAUGGCCCUGCUCUUCAAUUUGGACCAGCUCGUGGAUAUGAUGUCCAUUGGCACACUGCUCGCCUACACCAUCGUGGCUAUUUGUGUGCUGGUGCUGCGCUACCAGGAUGAGGAAAUGACCAAGGUGGUGUCCGUGAAAGCCCCAAAUGUCAUCCGGCAGUUCUUUAACGGCAACUCCUACCGGGAGCCCAAUUCGAUGACCUCGGCUAUUACCAAGGUGGGCAUUGUGCUAUUCGCCAUAGUCUGUCUGGUGUGGUGCUCAUUUCAGAAGGUGUUUGACCUGGACAGCACCGGCGGGAUCGUCGCUCUGAGCCUGGUGGGAGCGUUGCUGAUCCUCAUCUGCAUCGUGAUCGGCAUGCAGCCCGUAUCCACAAUCGAACUCACCUUCAAGGUCCCGCUGGUGCCGUUUGUGCCCUGCCUUAGCGUUUUCGCGAACUUGUACCUGAUGUUUCAGCUGGACCUGAACACCUGGAUUCGAUUCCUCAUCUGGAUUGUGAUCGGAUACGUGAUCUACUUCUGCUACGGAAUGCGAAACUCCACACAAAUCACCCGGGCUCGCAACCACGCCGAGGCUGCGUCCAAUGCCUUGCGAGACCAGAACAUGGGGCAACACGAGAAUCCCGCCUUCGAGCCGGACUCCAAGGUGGACAACGGCCGCCUGCCGCCUCCGUACGAGUUCUCCGAGAAGCUGUAAGCGCGAUUGUAGCCAAAGUAUUAUAGAUCCAUUACCCGAACACACUGCUUUAACGCGCUAACACUCCAUUCAAUUUCGCAUCUUUCCCUGAAUAGAACAAAGACUCCUCUGCCUUCUUAGCUAGCACGUUUAUGUGAGAGAGAUGAAUAGAUUGCGCACUGAAAUUAAAUGGAUCCGCACUUUGCCAGCGUGUCCUGCGUGCCCCACCGUGCGGAUCUGUUAUUUCUAUGCGCCUCAGGACUUCUACAGAGAGUUCACAACAGACUCUAUUUUACCAUUUCACCCUCGCUCUAUCAUUUUACUGUAUUUUAAAAUAACAUUCAACCGCCAACCGAUUCUUUUGCAAUGCCCCGUUUUUUGUGAUAUUUGUAAAUAUACUUAUAUAUGUAGAUUUUACUGAUCGAGUAGUAUUUGUAUAUUUGUCACAAUUGUUAUCGUAAUGUAAAUGGAAUUUUGUAUCAUAAUAUUUUAUGUCGAACCCAAGGCGCAUCUAGUGUUUAAGCUUCUUAGUUGCUAAGCCUCCACAAUUGUUAUUACCAGCCAAAAAGAAACGAAUUUCGCUCUUUGCUUGAUUAAUAAAAAUGCAUUGAUCUAAAGU